CCGGGUGAGUCUCUCCGCCCCCAGGGGCCGGGCUGGGCUGAGCUGAGGCCGGGCCGGCGGAUCACCCCGCCCCCUAGGGCGGGCCCAGCGCAUCCGAGAGCCGGCAGCGCAGCGGGGACAUGGAACCCGAAAACAUGGAGCUGAACGGCAGCUUGUCCGGCACCGAGCAUCGAAGGAGUAGAGGAACCCAAUCCAUCAACUUUAAUCACUAUGCCAACAAGAAGAGUGCAGCAGAAAGCAUGCUGGAUGUUGCUUUACUCAUGGCAAAUGCCUCUCAGCUCAAAGCCGUGAUUGAUCAAGGAUCCAACUUCAAUUACUACGUGGCACUUGUCAUCCUCAUCAGCAUAUCACUCAUAUUUCAAGUCGUCGUGGGCAUUUUAUUAAUAUUCAUUGUCAAAUAUGACCUGAAUGACCCGAACAAGCAGAGCAGGCUGAACCAUCUCAACAACCUUGCCACAGGCAUGGUGUUUCUCAUUGUCAUUGUCAACAUUUUCAUCACAGCGUUUGGAGUGCAAAGACCACCUCCACACCACACAAAUCCACAGUCUUUUUAGCAACGGCUAAACAAGCUGAAACACAAGGAUGGACAAAAGAAAACAGACCCCGAGCAUCACCAGCAGUGUUACUACUGAGGGAAGACUGGCACUUUCAACCGGUUCACAUACAUGUAAUGAACACAGGAUUUUAAUAAUGAUUUGAAAAGUACUUAUGAUUGUUCAGUUUUAUAAAUUGUAGCCCUCUAUCAUUUCCAUCAGUAUCAUUGAAGAAUAAUAUUAACCAUGAAUAUAUGGAGGGUAUAAGUUGGCCAGAAUAUAUUUUAUAAUUUAUGAACAAAAGCAUCUGCACCUUAUAACAUAAAUACAAAAUUUUGAGUGUUCAGAGGUAAGGAAUCAGUAAUGAAUCUGUAAGCCAGGCAUCACAGAGGAAUACACACUAGGAAUUAGCUGGAAGAGCCCUGAUGGUCCCUAGACCUGCCCCACCAUUCAAUGUCUGUUCCAGGACUCGUCUUCUCGUGCUUCAGUUCUACAAAGCCCUCAGUUCCCUCAUCAAGAACCUACCUCCUCUUUUAUACAUCUUUAAUGCCAGUCUAUGUACCUGCAAUGAUCUAGUCUCUACAACCCUUUGGUGUGGACCCUGAAUGUUAACUGUCUGCCCCCUUACCCUGUGCUCAUGUCCACAUAUAUGCAACUCUCCUGCUCCCACAUCUGCCUUGUCGUGCCUCUGCAGGACCCUGUAUGGUUCCAUAAAUUGACCCCUCGUUCUGCUCAACUGCAGAUUUGUGGCGGGACACCCUCUCAUGGCGGGCAUUAGCCAAGUGAAUCUCUCCUGAUCCAUCUCCAAUGCUAAAACAUCCUUUCUUAAGCUAUGGGACCAAAACUGUACAUAGCACUCGAGGUGCAGCCUCACCACAAUGUGACAGAAUCUCUAUUUCUAAACUCCAACCCUCUAUCACUAAAGGACAAUCUUGUCAUUUAUUCACUUGCUACAUCUCCUGCUAACUAUUUCUAUUUCAUACACAAGCUGAUCAAGAUUCCUCACCACUUUACUCAUUUGCAAUCUCUCUCUACCUAAGUCAGUUUUUUGAUACCUCCUAUCUAUAUGCUUGACUUGUUAGAUCAACCUCCAUUUGCCAGGAUUUUGACCACUCACUCAAACCAUCAUCAUCAUAGCAACAUGAUGGGCCUGUAUCUCCCCAUUCUCUCAGAUUCCCCUCUCCAAUGACUAGUCCUGUACCACAACACUCUCCUUCUCCCUACUCACCAGGCCAGUGCCUGUCUACUCUGACGUCUUCCUCUCUCCACUUACUAGGUGACUGUCUUCGGUUCAGAAUGUUGUUGGGUUUAUAAAUCUGUCGGCUCUUUUGAUUUGCAACAAAACGCAUACAUGGACCAUGGUGUGUUUAAGAUGUGGCCAUACAUGGACCAUGGCGUGCUUAAGAUGUGGCCAUACAUGCAUUAUACAAUGCCAGGCCUUUAUAACAUUUCCGUACAAGAUAUGAAUCACUGCUUUUUUAGCCUCUCAGGUCACUUAUGUAAAUGGAGCAAAUGCUGGAUAAAUUUUCAGGAAAAUGUUGCUUUAUUUGACUAAAGAGCUAAAAUAAUUCUUGAUGUUGCUCUACUUUUACAUCAUUUACAUUUAUAUAAAACAGUCUGGGAUUUCCUUUUCUCAAUCCUCUGCCUCUUAAAAGAAACUUUUUGUUUCAUCAAAUAUAAUUUUCUUUCUUUUUACAUCCUGCCCUGUUUAUUGUACAUUAUCCAUGUAUUAGAAUCCUUUUCCAGUUACACCUUUUAUGUUUCUUGUAAUGCAUGAGCUGGCACAACAGCAAUGUCACAUCAUUCCUAACUGUUGCCCCAUAUUCUUAAACUCUAGGGAUUCAAGAUAGUGUUGAGGAAGGACAUCCUUGUGAUUGAGGCAGUGCAGCGUAGGUUCACCAGGAUGGUGGGACUGUCAUAUAAGGAAAGAUUGAAAAGACUAAGCUUGUAUUCACUGGAGUUUAGAAGGAUGAGGGGGAUCUUAUAGAAACAUAUAAAAUUAUAAAAGGACUGGACAAGCUAGAUGCAGGAAAAAUGUUCCCAAUAUUGGGUGAGUCCAGAACCAGGGGGUCACAGUCUUAGAAUAAAGAGGAGGCCAUUUAAGACUGAGGUGAGAAAAAACGUUUUUCACCCAGAGAGUUGUGAAUUUGUGGAAUUCCCUGCCACAGAGGGCAGUGGAGGCCAAAUCACUGGAUGGAUUUAAGAGAGAGUUAGAUAGAGCUCUAGGGCCUAGUGGAAUAAAGGGAUAUGGGGAGAAGGCAGGCACGAGUUAUUAAUUGGGGACCAUCAGCCAUGAUCACAAUAAAUGGCGGUGCUGGCUCAAAGGGCCGAAUGGUCUCCUCCUGCACCUAUUUUCUAUGAUUCUAUGUUAGUAUCCAGGACAUUAACAUGGUGUGUGUGCUAAAGGACUGUUUAACAAUGACAGAGCUUGCGUUAUCCACUCUUAUAUAGUCUAGAGGCUAUUGCUUGCAGCCUGUGCAGAUACAGUGACCUAGCUGAACUCGUGUAAAAUAUGCUGAAAUGUGUACUAAUCAUUGAUGUAAUUUCUAACAAGACUUUCUCAAUCUAACGCCUGCCCCACUGGACAGCAACAGAACAAAUAACAAUAUUUGAACCAUUUGUCUGCUAUGACCUGUACCUCAACCCAAGGUCACGGUAUCAGCAGGAGGACCAUAACUUAAUUUGUUGUCUGAAUCAGAACACAAUAUUCACAGUUCAUGUUGGAGAUUAUUUUGAAACUGUUGCCUUGUUACCAUUUAAUGUGAUAAGCUGAACAGUGAUAUCAAGAGUGGGCUUUAAACCAUGUUUAUUGUAUUUUCUUCAAGUAUGUAUAUUUUUCACAUGCCUAGUGUACGCGGGCAAAUAUCACUAGUCUGUUCUCAGUGUGUAUGAAUACUAUAUGUUAUUAGAGUCUAUUUACAAUAUGUCUUGAUUUUUUUGGUUUAACAUUUCCCAGUGUGCAGUAAAAAAAUUAACUGGAUUUACUAAACAAUACAGGUUUUAAGAUAUUGAAGAGUGUGGACUUAGAAAGUACUAAAGAAAGGCUAUGCAUUGAGGAAUAGAGGAGCCUAACACUGCCACAACACUGCUCUUUGUAGAAUAGACAUAGGACCUGAGAAAAUAUUUCACAAACUGGAGAGUAUUUUAUGGACAUGGGAAAACUUAAAACACCACUUCUGCAAUUAUUUUUGAGGCAUAAGAAUUGCAGAUUGAGGAUUCCCGCCCCUACAGCGGGAAGUGGGAGAUGUGAACAACUCACUUUCAGUAAGUCAAGCACCAUCAUGAGGAACUGAAGGUUCCAGUGUUGUGCUGUGACUGUGUCUCUAAUCCAGUCGUAAAUUAAUCAAAUGACUGGUCAGAUAAACAGCCACAGCAUUGCUGGCCUUCACCAUUUUAAUUCAUUAAUAUUGCAAGGAUUUUUUAAAUCAGAUUUUAUUUUUAAAACAUACAUAUAUUUGGGUCAAAUUCAUGUUGAAUUUACCACAUAACAUCCAAUGGUGGACAGGCAACAUGUUCUACUACACCUCUUUUUCUUAUUCUUUGAGGUUAAUUGAAAACAAAAUCAGGAAAAGGCAAAAUAGGCUUAAUAGUAAUGUAGCAUUAGUACUACUGCCUAGACACAUCAUAGUUCCAUGGACCAGAGGACAUAGGUUCAAGGAGAAGGGGAAAAGAUUUAAUAGGAAUCUGAGGGAUAACUUUUUCACAGGGUGGUGGGUGUAUGGAACGAGCUGCCAGAGGAGGUAGUUGAGGCUGGGACUAUCCCAAAGUUUAAGAAACAGUUAGACAGGUACAUGGAUAGGCCACGUUUGGAGGGAUAUGGACCAAGCUCAGGCAGGUGGGACUAGUGUAGCUGGGACAUGUUGGCCGGUGUGGGCAAGUUGGGCAGAAGGGCCUGUUUCCAUGCUGUAUCACUCUACGACCAUUCUCUGCACAGCUGUGGGAUUCCAUAUGCUACAGAUUCAAUCAGAUCAACUCAAACUCUGCAGACAGCACGUCCAUGGGAGAGAGGGCAGAGUUAUGUUGCAUUUUCCACACUAUCAAAUUUAAAUGUUCAAGAAAUGCUUACAUUACAAAGACGUGGCUUAAAAAUAAAAAAAAGGAUACCAAAAUGGGAUUGUUGAUCCAAUGGUGGUGAUCUACAGAAGUUGUAAACAUUCAAAACUGAUUGGUGGAGAAAUGUAAUGUUGGUCAAGGUGUGGUUGCCGUGGCUACUUCACUCUCACUUUACUGACCAUUGGAAUUAUUUGUGGGAUUAAGUACAACAGUCGUGAUCUCACACACAUUUCCACCACAGUGACCAAAGGGGAUUUUGUCUCCACUUCACACGGCAGUAAAAAUAUAUUUGUUUUUAAAUAUUGCACUUCAUAAAUAAUAUACUUUCUUUAAUAAAAUUGUAUCUGUUAUUGUA